AAUGUCAUUAAUAGAUUAUAUAGAGGAUGAUUAAACAUACUAAUUUACAUAGUAUAUGAAUCUAAUAAAGGUAUUCUAAUAAUUCAUUCUAUUAGACUGAUGAAGACAAAAACCUUUUUGAUAGAUUUGCAUAUGGAGUUUGUGAUCCAUAAAUCAAAUAUAAAAAUGAGAAAUAAUAAAAGAAAAUGAUUAUACUUACUAUACUACAAUUGUGUUAAAGGUAAAUAAUAAUAAUAAUAAUAUAGAAAUAAAUGUGUGACUUUUGAUAAAAUUUAAUAAGCAUGUUAUAUAAAUUCACGAAUUGAGAUUGAAUAAUUAUUAAUUGAUCUAAUUUAAAGAGAAUUAAUAAUUGGUUCAAUUGAUGAUUACAAAGGAUGUUUAAAUAUCUAAAGAUGUAUAAGUAGAGAUGUUAGAAAAUCUGAUAUUCCAGAAAUGAAGAAUUAAAUUGAAAUCAUGUAUUAGAGAGUUAAACAUUUGAAAGAAUAGUUAAAAAAAUAAUGAA